UGUCAGGGGACAGCAUGGCGGACAUGCAUGUGGAGCCUCAAAACAAAUUGCAUCGACUGUCCAGCUAACCCCGCCGCGAUAAACAUCGAAACUGCGCGUUAACGCCGGGCCGGCGGUGCCCGAACAGACAGCAGAAUGGACGAGGAGAACAAACUUCAGUUCCCGUCUCUGCCCGCUACCAAGGAGGACCUUCUGGACUGGGCUUAUCCAAUGAGACGGGAAAUGCAGGAGAUAUUACCGGGACUGUUUUUAGGUCCCUACUCUGCUGCAAUGAAAAGCAAGCUGCCAAUUCUUGAGAGACAGGGCAUAACGCAUAUUGUGUGUGUCCGCCAAGACAUUGAAGCCAAUUUUAUCAAGCCUAAUUUCCCUCAUACAUUUAGAUACCUUGUAUUAGACAUUGCUGACAAUCCAGUGGAAAAUAUAAUACGAUUUUUCCCUACGACUAAGGAAUUUAUUGAUAGCUGCUUAGCAACAGGAGGAAAGGUACUGGUUCAUGGAAAUGCAGGGAUAUCAAGAAGUGCUGCCUUAGUGAUUGCAUACCUGAUGGAAACAUUUGGGGUAAAAUACAGGGAUGCUUUCAGCCACGUCCAGGAGAGAAGGUUCUGCAUCAACCCCAAUGUGGGAUUUGUGCAUCAGCUACAGGAGUAUGAAGCGAUCUACCAAGCCAAAUUGACCAUUAAAAUGAUGUCACCGAUGCAGCUGGGCAGGCCCUUUUCCUUACAAGCUGGGAUGCCAGGAAGCCGCAAGCGCAGCCUGGAAGAAGAUGAAGACUUUGGAGCAAUGCAGGUCACAGCAGCACAGAACGGAUGAGCUUUGCUUACAUUUAGCCGUGUGGCGCAGUGCACUCAAUUUUUUUUUCUUUUUUUUUUUUUCUUUUUUUUUUUUACAUUUUUAAUGGGAUUAAAAAUGUAAAUAUUUGAACUUUUUCUAAGGGGAAGG